AUGUCCUACGGAAGGAAAGCUGCUGAGAGAUUAGCUAACAAGAUUGUUCUUGUCACCGGUGCGUCCUCCGGUAUUGGAGAAGCCACUGCAAAGGAAUUUGCCGCUGCUGCUAAUGGCCAAUUGAGACUUAUUCUCACUGCUAGAAGACAGGAUCGUUUAGAGGAGCUUUCCAAGCAAUUGAGUAAGACCUAUCCAGGUAUCAAAGUCCACACUGCAGGCUUAGAUGUGUCCAAGAUCGAAACUAUCAAGCCAUUCAUCAGUGGAUUGCCAACAGAUUUUGCCGAUGUUGAUAUUCUUAUCAACAACGCUGGUAAAGCACUUGGUAGAGCAAACGUGGGUGAAAUCGAGGAGACGGAUAUCCAAGAUAUGUUCCAGACCAAUGUACUCGGUUUAAUUACCAUCACUCAAGCAAUUUUACCGUUAAUGAAGAAGAAAAAUUCAGGUACCAUUGUUAAUUUGGGUUCUAUCGCUGGAAGAGAUCCUUACCCAGGUGGAAGCAUUUACUGUGCAACGAAAUCCGCUGUGAAGUUUUUCUCCCAUUCAUUGAGAAAGGAGUUAAUCAAUACCAAAAUCAGAGUCCUUGAAGUCGAUCCAGGUGCAGUGGAAACUGAGUUCUCAGUUGUUAGAUACGGGGGAGACGAGAAAUUGGCUGCUGCAACUUAUGCUGGUAUGGAACCUAUGGUUGCUCUGGAUAUUGCUGAAGUUAUCGUCUUUGGUGCCACCAGAAGGGAAAACACGGUCAUUGCGGAAACCUUGGUUUUCCCUACAGCGCAGGCAAGUGUCUCCCACGUCUACAAGGGUUAG